UUGCUAUUUGCUACAUUUCAUUUUAUCACGUAGCAUGAUGGUUAUCUAGAGUAAACUUUCGCAUUAUUGCAGGUAAAUUAUAUUUACUUGCAUUGAAAUGAUUAUUUCUAACAGUAGUGGUUUAAACAUCAAUGAAUAAGGAGUAGGUAACUUCAUCUAAAUAAUAUGUAUAUCCCCGAAGAUCGUCUCAACGAUAUUCUAAGUGAGGUAGCGAAGAAAAGGAAUCUUAAAAGAUGGAGAUAUAUAUGCAAAAAUAGCAUGGAUGCAAUUGAAAAUUACUUCGGUGUUUUAGUUCCUGCCACAAUAAACGGCACUAAAACUGACAAAUCUGAAGAUGAUCUAACACUUCAUUUAUUAAUUAAAAUUACUCCGAACAAUAUUGAAAGAAGAAUGAAACAAGUUUUCAAAUAUUUAUUUGAAACAGAGACCUUCCUCUACACCAUUCUACGUCCCAAGUUUUGUAAUUUAUCUGUUGUGAAUAUGGAUGGCUUAAUACCGAAUUGUUAUUAUACUGAUUUAGAUCCAGAGAAGCAAGUUAUAGUUUUACAAGACAUGACCUUUGAAGGUUACCACAGAUAUACAGGUCAAAGGUUUCUUGAUUUUGAUCAUUUAGUUGUGGCUUUGAAAGCGCUUGCAAAAUUUCAUGCUGUUUCCUUAAUAUUGGUAGAAAAAGGCAACGUGUCUGAUAUUAAUAAUGUAAUAGCUCCGUACACAGACACAGACCCUGUAGAAUUGAAUAUAACUUUGAAAUUAGCUCUAAAGAAUCAUCAUAAAUACUUCAGUGGCACUAAAUAUGAAAAAUAUCUUAAGAGUUUGUUAUCCAGAUAUUCCAGUGUCCGUUUGGAUAGUUUUCAAAAAGCACGCCGAUUGAUAUGUGGACACGGGGAUUAUUGGAAGGAAAACAUUUUAUUCAAAUAUAAGGAAAAUAAACCCGACCAAGCUUGUAUCAUUGACUUUCAAACUCUACGCUUCCUGAGCCCUUCGCAAGACUUUCUAAGCUUCAUCCUUGUAAGCACAGAUGGAACGACCAGGUCAAGCCAUUAUGAAGUAUUAAUGACUACAUACAUCGAAGCUGUUACUGAUAUCCUCGCUUCUAUCAAUGAAAAUCUAGCCAAAUCAUUCAUUGAUGAUUUUAAACACGAUCUUAACGUUGUAGCUGAUAACUGUUUGAUUACAUCGUUUAUGAGCUUUGCCUUGUGGUAUGGAUUGGAAGAAGAAACCCUUUUGCUAAGUAAAAAUAAAACGGACAAAAAUAUAGCUAUUAUAAAUUUCACAGAGACGAUAAGAAGCGCCAUUGACGAUUUGGAAAGACUUCGUUACAUUACUAUUGAUACCAAUGCAUAAUUCAUUAAAAAUAUACGAUUAAAAAAAGUAA